AUGGGACCAACUGAGAGACAAGGUCAUAUGAUAAUGUCUUUAGAGGACUCUCCCAUGAAUAACGUGACAUAUAGUGGCAAUAAUACGAGUCCCACCUUCUGGAGUGAAUGCCAUCAAAUAACCCCACUAUGCAAAAGAAAGCCUCAUAGGAUGAUGUUGACACUUAUUUGGGUUCUCUUCUUGCCUCCAAUUCCAAUUGAGACCUCUCAUGGUUUACAACUUGCUUACUCUUACUCUGAUAUAGUUGGUGGAUGGUACAUAAAUCAAUAUAGCAUUGUCAUAUAUUUGAAGAAACAUAAAACAAUGGGUUUCCGCAUAACAGGUAUUAUUAGACGGGCAUCAUUUUCUACAACCCUAGCAUCCUCCAAGGGGGUUGAAGUACCUAGAGGCUAUCUUGCGGUCUAUGUUGGAGAUAAGAUGAGGCGGUUUGUGAUUCCUGUAUCAUACUUGAACCAACCUUCAUUUCAAGAAUUACUAAGUCGAGCAGAAGAAGAAUUUGGGUAUGAUCAUCCAAACGGUGGUCUCACAAUCCCAUGUCAGGAGGAUGAGUUCCUAAACGUCACCUCUUGCUUGAAUGAGUUGUAG